CUCUCUGCCGUUUUUACUUAUUUAGUUGUUUACUUAUUCAAAAUGUUUUCCUCACUUACACGAACCGCGCCCCUCCCGCAGGCGAUGAGCGCCACUGCGGCGACCGCGGCCCCGCCCACAAGGCCCGGCUCGCGCACCCGAAGGGCCUCGCCAUCGCCGCCGACCGCACCAUGUACAUCGCCGACGGCACCAACAUCCGCAUGGUGGACCCCAAGGGCAUCAUCCAGACGCUGAUCGGGCACCACGGCCACAAGACGCGCUGGCGGCCGCUGCCCUGCACGGGGGCGCUGCCGGCGAGCCAGGUGGAGCUGCAGUGGCCCACGUCGCUGGCCCUCUCGCCGCUCGACGGCUCGCUCCACAUCCUGGACGACCACGUGGUGCUGCAGGUGACCAGCGACGGCUCCGUGCGCGCCAAGGUGGGCUCGCCGCUGCACUGCCCGGCCGCCAGGGACAAGCCGGCCGUCGGAACCAUCACCGGCAUGUCCUUCGCGCCCUCCGGCUCCCUCUUCCUGACGGAGGAGGACGCCCACAAGCAGCACUCCGUCCUCGAAGUCACCCCGGCCAAUAAGAUCAAGCACUUCGCGGGCGCCAAGCCGGACUGCGGGUGCUCCGAGGAAAGCGAUUGCUCCUGCCCGGCUGAUAAGAUCCCCCUCUCCACCACCAUCGUCCUCGGCCCUCUCUCCGCCAUCACGGUCUCUCCUGACGGGGUCAUUCACGUGGCAGACCAGCAGGCCCUUAGGAUCCUCAGCUUCGUGCAUUACCUGCCGCCUGACGACCAGAAUGGGGAUUAUCAGGUCGCUUACCCACGGACCAACGAACUGUACGUGUUCAAUCGGCACGGACACCACGUGGAGACCCGAGACCUGGUGACUGGAAGGACGCUGUACUCUUUCCUCUACUCGAAAAACACCUCCUUCGGGCGGCUCUCGAAGGUCACGGAUUCGUCGGGUAACAAGGUCAUGUUCCUGAGAGAUUAUACGUCCGCCGUCAGCCAGAUCGAGAACACCAUGGGCGAGAAGUUCGCCUUCCGCAUCAGCCGCCUGGGCCUCAUGACCAGGUUCUCCGAGCGCCCGGGAAGGUUCUACGAGUUCACCUACGACGAGGACACGGGUCUCCUGGUCGCCUCCUCUUCGCCAGGUCGUCUUACGUAUGUCUAUGAAUAUGACGAAACCGGGCGUCUGGUUACCGUCGUGGCGCCCACGGGUACGCGUGUGGGCGUAGACUCGUGGAUGGGCGGCGAGGACACCCAGCGCAGCCUCAGCGUGGGCGUGGGAGGCAGUCAGGGAGAAAAGAACGCGCACAUUCUCACCCUUACUGGCAACGCCCGCGCUGUCUUCACCCAGAGAUCGGUUCGCUCGGAGCUCCAAGUGUGGUCGAACGGAACCUGGCGCCAAGACCUACCGUGGGGCGGCUAUGCCCACGCCCUUGCCACCGCCUACUCGCCGCUCCUGGAGGUGUCGCUGCCCACCCAAGCACGCCUCCUGCCGGCUGUCCAUCGCUACGAGGUCGCCGUUACGCCCGGCCCGCCCAACGCCCUCACCACCAGCUACGGCGUGGGGGAUCGGCGCCGGCAGGAGCGGCUGGUCGAGACCGUGCUGCUGGUCAACGGGUCACGUGUCCUCCGACGGGCAUGGGAUGGCGCGAGUCGUACCGAGUCGUUGACAGAUGGUUCGAGUCAGCCGCUUUUGAAACUUACCUACGACCACAACGGGCACCCGACCUCCAUUGCCUUGGGGGACCACCUGUCUUCCCUCAAUGUCACCUACGAUAGGUUCGGCCGCGUGGAGGCGCGCCAGUGGGACGACUCCAGCGAGACCUACGAAUACGACGCCCACGGACUCCUCUCCAGCGUGGCCGGAAGCGGCGCCCGCGCGCCCUUCACGACCAGCUACACCUUCGGGGAGAUCAGACUGCCCGUGACGAUCACGCUGCCUUCGGGACGCACGUGGGACCUCCACUACGACGAGCGGGGAGGCCUCAAGUUCGUGACCACGCCCACGGGGUCCGCCCACUUCUUCUCCAUGCAGCCGUCCUUCGGGUACUUCAUCUUCACGUACACGCCGCCCGGCUCCACGCACUCGUACCGCCAGUACCUGGACCACGCCGGCCGCCUGCUGCUGACCACGUUCCCCGCCGGCGCCGCCAAGGUGCUCUACACAUACACGGAGGCGGGGCAGCUGAAGGAGAUCGUGUCGGGCGACGGCAAGACGCAGUUCGCCUACGGCAGCGACGGCCUCAUGUCGGAGACGACACACGAGGAAGCUUUUUUAGAGUACAAGAUGGACAUGCUGUACACGGGGCGCCUCCUGCAGGAGCACCGCAUCGACUACGGCGCCAGAACCGGACUGAGCAACGUUAAGUUCACGUACGAGUACGACUCCAACUUCCGCGUGACGAGCUUCGCCGGGCGCAUCGGCGGCCAGAACCUGGCGCCGUUCGCCUUCGCGUACAGCGCGGCCACGGGCGGCCCCUCGCAGAUCGGCCACUUCUCGGUGGCGCGGCCGCGGCUCAACGAGACCGCCAUCCAGGACGGCACCGCCAUCUUCUCGCGGCAGCUGAACGCGCACCUGCAGGUGGCCGAGUCGUCGGUGACCAUCCACAACAUGCAGGUGUUCAAGCUGCAGAUCCUGUACAACUCGGACGGCAAGAUCAAGCAGACCAACACGUACACGCGCAACUUCCACACGAAGCCCUACACCAACACCAAGAACUACACGUACGACGCGGACGGCCAGCUGACCAGCGUGGAGGCCAAGGAGCCCUGGAGCUUCACCUACGACGCCAACGGCAACAUGCUGUCCCUCACCUACUCCACCAACACGAUCCCCAUGAAGUACGACUCGCAGGACCGCAUCGUCAAGUUCGGCGAGGGCGUCUACCGCUACGACUCCCGCGGCGCCAUCGUCCAGAACGCCCGCGAGGUGACCUACCAGUACAACGCCCGCGGACUCCUCGUGCGAGCCGCUAAGUCCGGCCGCUUCAAUAUCAGGUACAUGUACGACCACGAGAACCGCCUGGUGGCCCGCAAGGACAACUUCGGCAACGUGACCCAGUUCCUGUACACGGACCAGCGGCACCCGGACCAGGUCACGCACAUCUACAGCCCCCGCGACGGGAACCUCAUCAGCCUGGUCUACGACGACCGAGGCCACAUCAUAUUCGCGCAGGUCUACCGAAACAAGUACUACAUCGCCACGGACGAGUGCGGAACCCCCGUGAUGGUGUUCAACCAGUAUGGCGAAGUCGUCCGUGAGAUGAUGCGCUCCCCGUACGGACACAUCAUGUACGACUCCAACCCUUACCUGUACUUACCUGUGGAUUACUGCGGCGGAUUACUCGAGACCCGAACCGAGCUCGUCCACAUGCCCCGAGGAAGGAUUUACGACCCUCUCAUUGGCCAAUGGCUCUCACCGGCUUGGGAAGACGUGCCAGGCAGCGUGCUCUCUCCGGCUCGCCUCACGCUCUACCGCUUCAACGGGAACGACCCCAUCAACGUGCAUCUGAGGCACUGGAAGAACUACGACCACAAGGCUUGGCUCUCUCGUCUUGGCUACAACCUGGAGAGUCUGGCUCCUCAGCUGGCGUGGGCUUACACACCUAAUCCCCCGUCACUGUGGGAAGCUUUUACCCACACCCCAGCCACCCCCACACGUGCGGCUGUGUCCCCCUUCUCAGAACAGGUUCAGGGUGUCCGGUGCGUGAGUGGCCUCGUGCUGACGCUGCAGGAGGCGGCGAGGACCACGGCGCGCCUCUCGACCCUCACCCCAACACGUCUCAGACACGAUUUCUGGCCGCAGACUCACAAGAUCGAGAUUGCGAGCGUCCCCGGUCCCUUCGGCGUCGGCCUCCUGGUCUCUUCGGUCGACGGGCGGGCGAUGGUCACGGCCACGGACCUGGCCAACCCGAUCUUCAGGGACGUUCUCACCUCCGUCUUCAAUAAUUCCUUGUUGCUGGACAUCACCCUCACGACCCACAACACUCAUGUGUUCUACUUCGUUAAGGAAAACUUCUGGAAGGCUUCGGAGGAUAUGACGCAGCUGAACCGACUCGGGGGCGAAGUGAACAUCACGGUGCACGAGCCCUCAGCCUCCGCCCCCCUCCAGGCUGACGAGGAGAAGAACGACAACUUCGUGGACGUGAAGUUGCACAGCGCGUGGGCCGUCGUGCACAUCCGCUACGGCACCACAGUCGUCCAGGAGAAGAAGAGGUUGCUCAAGCACGCCAAGAAGGUGGCGAUCCGGCGCGCGUGGUCGGAGGAGCGCGAGCGGCUGUCGUCCGGCCUCCCCGGCUCCGUCGAGUGGUCGUCGAGCGAGACCGAGGAGCUCCUCUCCCGCGGCUCCGUCAGCAGCUACACCGCCAAAUACCUGUACCCGCCCGAGGAGUAUCCGGCCCUGCUUGACGACCCCACGAACGUCCGCUUCUUCAGGAACACGAAGCGGACCAGACGGAACUCGAAGACGCGCCGCUCCCACCGCUGCCGCAAGUGGUGGCGCGGGCUGUGCUAGACCACGUGGAGCUCUCCCUCCGCGCCCCUCCCCUUCCCCCUGCUCCCUCCUCCCCUCGCCGCGAUGGGCGCCGCGCGGGGGCGAGCGAGAGAAAGAGAGGGAGAGAGACGGAGGGAGAGAAGGGAGAGAAAGAGAGAGGAGGAGCACGUGCCACGCGAACUUUACCGCUCAUUUCGUCCUAGUUUUUCGACUCUUAAAGGGUGUUGGAAAGAGGAAGAGGAAGGUCCUCGACAGGCGGCUCCUGGCGACGCUGUGGUGGCCGGCGAUGGAUUUUUUAAAAGGAGAUUUUGCCUGGAUUAUAUUUCUUCUUAAUUUUCUCUUCGGCCUAAGAGAUUGAAAGAAAUGCAUUUGAAACUUUUUUGUCAGUAUAUUAAAGCGAUCUCUCUUUUCUCUUAGCUUGAUGGACUCUUUCGACUAGAGCUCUCCAGGUGUGUUUGUGUAAUUGACAUGUUGUGUGAUCAUUUGUAAAUAUUAAACGAGGAAGUUUUUUGCGUCGGAGAAUCGAGUCCCAUGGCCGAAUGGAAUACGGCAGAGUCUAACAUUCCGUGUAUUGAAGUGGCAUUAUUUUACGGCAUUUGAUGAUAAACCUUAAUGGCAUUCUGAGGGCAUAGGGCACUUUGUAACAAGUAGCCCGUGCAAUGCGCACCUUUCUGGCACUGCGAGACUGUACUUUGCACAAGGAACGGACAAUGAAAAUGUCGCUUUGCUUGAGUGGAAGCAGAAGGUCAGAACAACGAAAUGCUAUUUAAGAGAAAAAAAGGAUGAAUACAUAUAUAGAUAAAUGAAUAAAGUGUAAGAAGAUAUUUAUAUGUGAUAUUCACGAGUCCGUGUGAUAGAGUUACCGCCACUUUGAUUAUUUAAUGUCUGCAUUUACAAGUGAUCGUCGUGUUUGUGUACAUGAUAAGCACAUGUACAAAGUGCGUGCAGUACAUCAGGAAAGGACCAGUUUAUGACGUCUCUGGACCGGGAAGGUACCAGUGCUACAUGUAGUGCACGUGCAGUGAUUGCAAAUUAUCUACACUACAGUGGUUUGUAAGUGGUUUGUAAGUGCGUUGGCACUGGAAGUGCCACAAGGGGUCAGUCAGUGUUGGUGCAUUACUUCCGGCCUGUGUGCCGGCUCUUGGUUUGCUAGAUAUCGCACAGUCAACUUUAAAGAAAAAAAAGGACAUGCGGUAUAUCCAUGUUGCAUUUCACGCACUGAGUGUUGCAAGAUUUGCUAAACGAAUUACUAGUAUUUAGGAGAGUGAUUCCAGUGCACAUCCUCGCCUGACGAAGGCAGGUUGGUCCCCUGUCAACCCUCACCGUAGAGAAGGAGAUCUCAAAGAGCUUUUCACAGUAGUACUUAUGUACAUACAUAAAUGUACGUACAUAUAUACACACGAGCAGAUACAUACAUACACAUAAACUUAUAUGUAUACAUGUAUACGUACAUAUAUACAUACACACAUAUGUACAUACAUAACAUGCAUUUUAAAAUGCAUAUGAAUGCAGGUAAAUGAGCAUGCGUUAACGCGCGUUAAAACACACACACACACACACACACA